AUGAUUCAAAAAAAAAUUUCAAGAUUACUUAAGAAAAUUAUAAAUAGAACUUGUAUAAAAUUUAUUGAAUCGAGGCAUAGGAUAUCAUAUACAAAUAUUAUUUGGAGAUAUUAUUCAUGUCUUAAUGAUGAUAUAAAGCAAAGAAAUACAUUUAAACAUGAUAAUGUAUCUAAAAAUCAGGAACUAUUUCAAAAGAAAGACUUAUUUAGGAAACAAGAAAUUAAAAUACGUCAAAAAAUGAUUGAAAAAUAUGGUAUAAUACAAAAUCAAAAGUUAGUCAAUCAAGAUACGUUAAAAAACAUGAAAGAUAAAGAAAAAAAUUAUAUAGAUGAUAUGAUUAAUAUAGAAAAGAAUCUUUUUAGUAUAUCUUUUAAAGACAUUUCUCCCGGUGAUCUUGUUGAAAUAAGAAAAUCAGAAUAUGGAAUUCUUGGCAUAGUAAUUCAAAAAGUUAUUCCAUCAGAUGAUGGAUUUAGCGUCCUUUUAAGUAAUAGAAAAGUUAUUUACUGCAAACCUGGCGAUAUAUUAUUUUUAAUACCUUCAUUUUUCAAAAAUAUUUCUAACAUAGAACUAUCAGAUUUGGAAAUAAUAAAUGGAUAUUUAUCUUUUAACGAUUCAGCUUUUCAAAAUAUAAUAAAAUCUCUUAGAUAUUUUAAAUUAAAAUCGCAAUAUUUUUAUAGAAAAUUUUUGACUAAAUUUGAUAAUCUUUAUCAGCGAUUGCAUCAUCCAAAUCCUGAUCAGCAUACUUAUAUUAAUAUUUUGGAUCUUUGUCGUUCAGAAUAUAAGAUAUCAAAACCAAAUUUUAUACAUUUAUAUGCAAUACAUAGUUUAUUAGCGAAUGAUCCUUGUCAUUAUGUUUUAGAUUCUCGUAAUCAAUUGUAUUUAAAUAGAUACGAAGUUCGUCCUAAAAGCGAAGUAGAGAUGAUAAAAAGUGUAUCACAUUGGAUUCGAAUUAAAUCACCCGAAUUUCUACGCUUUACAGAAAAAACAUCUGAUAUUAUUAAAAUAUAUCGUGAGAAAAAGAUGCAUAGGUUGGAAGAUACAAUUUUACCUAGAAAAUACGCUUUUUCGGAAACGGAUUUAUUAUUUAUAAAAUUUAUAAGACAAUAUUUUUUAGAAAGAAGACAAUUUCAAAGUUCUAUAUACCUUUCAUUGGUUCCACAAAUUCUUAAAGCUACGAAAAUGUAUAAUAGCGUCUUGGAUAGAGAAAAUGCUUUAUUAUUUAUGGAAGAAAUAGGUGCAUGGGCACCUUGGGAAAAUUAUGCUAGAUUUGACAGAAAUCUUUCUCUUCCUGGCCUUGGUACUUCUAUAGUUAUGGAUAUAUUAUUAAAGAAAAUAACAAGUAUGUCGAACUUAUCACCAGAUCAGCUUAAGAAUUUUUCAUUGAAAGAUAGUUUUGAGAAUUUAAGACAUGAUUUUGAUCAGCUUCCAGUAUAUGUGAUAGAUGAUUCUGAUGCCACUGAAUUAGAUGAUGGCAUUUCAAUAGAAAAAAAAGACCACGAUGAAACAUGGUUACAUAUUCAUAUAGCGGACCCUGGUGCAUUUGUUUCACCUAAUUCCGAUAUUUCAAAUUUUGCUUCAAAUUUAGUAACAACAGUUUUUACUCCCGAAAAAAGAUAUCAUAUGCUACCACAUCUUUUAACUUCAUCAUUUUUUUCUUUGGACUCACCAUUAAAAAAGCAUUCAGUUCUUACAUUUAGUACAAAGCUCGGCAAGGACGGGAAAAUUUUGGAUUUUAAAAUAUCUCCUGCAUACAUUUCUAAUAUUAAAAAAUUUUCAUAUGAUGACAUAGAUAAUGACGUUUUUGAUGUUUCAUUAAAAAACAUAUCUUACUGUUUUUCGACAGAAUUCCCUAAUACUUUAGCCACUGAAUCAAUUAAACAGAAAAAGGAUAAAAUAAGUACUUUAGAUAAGACAUGUAUACAUAACAUUUAUAAAAUUUCGCUUCUUCGUCUACAAUAUAGAAUUUCACGUGGCUUUUGGCAAUAUUCUACAACAUCAGCUAAUAUUAAAUUACAAUAUCCAAAACCUUAUUAUAUUUCUAUAAAUGAUGGUCCUCAAUUUUUUCAAAAUUAUCCAAGUAUUAAAAAUAUUGCAUUUGAUCUGUUAGAUUCUCCAUCACGAGUAAUGGUAGCUGAAAUAAUGAUCUUAGCAGGAGAAAUAGCCGCAAAAUUUUGCAUUGAAAGAAAAUUACCAGUUCCUUUUCGAUCUCAAAGUAUAAUUUCGAAACAUCAAUAUCGUUAUAAAUACAAUGAAAUACUCGAAAGAAGAAAUUUUGUAACAGGAAGACUAAGCCUUAAGGAUGGAAUAGAAUUAGCUAAUUACACUGGACCAACAAUAAUUUCUACAUCACCAAAUCCUCAUUCAUCAUUAGCUAUAGACCAUUAUAUCCAAGCAACAUCUCCCUUACGACGUUAUUGUGAUUUAGUUACUCAUUGGCAAAUUCAAGCAUCUCUUAAAGGAAAAGGGAAUAACGAGAUGCCAUUUUCCAAAGAAUAUUUGGAUUCGUGUUUGCUAUUGUGGUUUUUUAAAGAAAAAACUUCAAAAAAUUUUGGAAAAUUAUCUACAAAAUUAUGGGUUUGUAUGUUAUUAUUAAAAAUAGGUUUAGAUAAGCUUUCUCCCUUUCAUGCAUGGAUAUGGUCUAUGCAAGAUAAAAGGCUACUGGUAACUGGAAUAAUUAAAGAACUUGGUGUUAAUUGCAAAAUUACUAGUAAAGAAUAUUAUCAUAAUAAUCCAGGAGAUUUAAUACAAAUAAAAAUUACACAUAUAGAUUUAGUAGAUAAAGUAAUUUAUGCGUAUCAAAUAUAA